AUGGCUCUCUCCUUCCGCCAAAUGACUGGUGCUCCCAACAGCACUGCAUCCCCAUCCGACUCCGCACUCAUCAUCAUUGACGCACAAAACGAGUAUGCGUCAGGGCACCUUGCUGUCACAAAUGCUCCUGAGAGCAGGAAGUCCAUCGCCAGCUUGCUCGAGAAGUACCGCGCAGCCAACGGAAAGAUCAUCCACGUGUUACACAGAGUGCCAGAGGGUACCCCAGUCUUCACACCCGGAACUGAGCUUGCGCAAGAGUUCAAGGAAUUGACCGCAAAGGACGGCGAGCCAGAGAUCUGGAAGCAGCACCCAGGAUCUUUCGCAGGUACCAACCUCCAAGAGACAUUGCAGAAGUGGGGUAUCAAGAAGGUUGUCCUGACCGGUUACAUGGCACAUGUCUGCGUUUCCACAACAGCACGCCAGGCAGCCCAAGAGGGUUACGAGGUUAUCAUCGUUGAGGAUGGCAUCGGUGACCGUGACAUUCCUGGUAUGACCGGCGCAGAGGUCACCAAGGCUGUACUCAACGAGUUGGCAGAUGCCUUCGGCACGGUCCUUCAGAGCAAGGAUAUCAAAUAA